AUGGCGUUGACUAGCAACGGCGGUUCCGAGAAGGGUCUGAUCGUUAGUUUCGGGGAGAUGCUGAUCGACUUCGUCCCCACCGUCUCCGGCGUCUCCCUAGCGAAGGCUCCGGGUUUCCUCAAGGCCCCCGGCGGUGCUCCUGCCAACGUCGCCAUAGCUGUGGCCAGGCUGGGCGGUAGGGCCGCGAACCCCAGCGCCGACAUGCUCCUCACCCCCGAUGAGUUGAAUCUGGGAUUGAUUAGAUCUGCAAAGGUGUUCCAUUAUGGAUCGAUAAGUUUGAUAGUGGAGCCGUGCAGAUCGGCACAUCUAAAGGCAAUCGACGAGGCCAAGGCGGCUGGCGCCUUGCUGUCGUACGACCCAAACCUCCGUCUGCCGCUCUGGCCGUCGGCAGAGUAUGCAAAGGAGCAGAUUAUGAGCAUUUGGGACAAAGCUGAUGUCAUCAAGGUGAGUGAUGUGGAGCUCGAGUUCUUAACCGGGAGCGACAAGAUUGACGACGAGACAGCACUUUCCCUGUGGCACCCCAAUUUACAGCUCCUUUUGGUCACUCUUGGCGAGAAGGGAUGUAACUAUUACACCAAGGUAUAUCUUUUUUUCCUUUAUUUUUUAUUUUUAAAAAUUAUUAGUAUGGAUCUCACCCUUCUUGGCAAUAUUGUUGACGACCAUGACUUAAUCCAUGAUGAGGCGCGAUUGAAGGAAGUGUUGAAAUACGCAUGUGCUUGUGGAGCCAUAACCACAACCAAAAAAGGUGCAAUUCCAGCUCUUCCCACACACGACGAAGCCCUCGCCAUUCUUAAUAGACCAAAGGAACGCGUUUAG